UCACAGCAGACACACUGUCAAUUUGGCAUUACUUACUCAAUGCUCAACUUCUAAACUUCUCAAAAGCAGUUACCCGGCAUCAUUUCCCCAUGUUGCCAAGUUACGCCUUCUUGUUCCCAGCUGGAAACGUGUGGCAGACGUGACUGAUGAAAGGUCCCGGGGGUUAGCCUAUGCUCUGGCACAGCAGGGCUGUCCUAGGUGAGACUAAUUGCUUAUAGGUCAGCUCACUGGGCUGGGAUCUGGCACCAGAUGAAAUCAGAGUUUUGACAUGAGAGGAAGUUGGAACAUGGAGAGCAUCGUGAGCCAGCCUGCAGGGAUAUCUGGCUUUUUGCAGCGAUGUCACACCUUAUUUAUAAGCUGUAAUGUCAGCCAUUGAGAAUUUCAUCCACCCCUCUUAACACUGGCCGGACCUGCCUGCCUGCCUGUCUCCCCUCAGAGAGGUUUUCCAUAAAGGCAGUUGGGGGCGAGUGGGAAGGUUUGAUCCGUCCGUCGUGGCCUAAUCAGCUCUGUGUUCGUCCGUGGCCAGCCUGAAGUGCUGUGGGAUCUCCUAGCAAGCCUCUGCCGGCUGUCUUGCUGGUUGCAGACUCUGGACUGCAAUGCCCUCCUCCUCCUCCGUCCUCACCCGGCUCCGGAUUGGCUCGCGGGCCCUCGUUCCGCGGUUGCUGGGGCAACCGUGGAAGACGCGGCCCAGCGUGACAGGGGAGGGUCCUGGGCUGUCAGGAGUCCCACCACCACGCAGCCUGCCUGCCUGUGACCUGGGGAGGGGGAGGGGCCUGAGCCAGCAGCCCUGCAGAGGGACUUCCUCCACAGGCCCACCCCGGGCCCUGCCACCCCACUGCAGCCACAGUCCCGCUGCUGGGAGCAUCUCUCUUAGCGCUGUCAUCAGACCAGCUGCUUCUCUCUGCCUCUGCCGGCUUUUCUGCACCUCUGAGUCACUCUGCUCCGGCCGUCGUAGGAGCACAGGCAGCACGAUGUCCUCCUCCUCCUCCACCACCACCGCAGGCGAAGGCAGGGGGAAGCCCAAGCCCAGUUCCCCGCUACGCAAGAGGGGGAGCCUGCAGAGCACCACUAGCCCUGACCUGCGUGGAGCCACAGGGCCCAAGCCCCUCAAGCCCCAGCGUUCCCUCCCCGGGACCCCCGUCACCCUCAAGCACUUUGACCUGAAGACCUCCAUGGACGGCAAGUACAAGGAGAUCGCCGAGGAGCUGUUCACUCGCAGCCUGGCGGAGAGCGAGAUGCGCAGCGCUCCCUAUGAGUUCCCAGAGGACAGCCCCAUCGAGCAGCUGGAGGAGAGACGCCACCGUCUGGAGAGACAGAUCAGCCAGGACAUCAAGCUUGAGCCUGAGAUCCUGCUGCGAGCCAAGCAGGACUUCAUGAAGAUCGACAGUGCUGCCGACCUGGAGUUCAUGAACGACCAGAGUGAGGACAUGGUGGACGACGGCUUCAGGGAGAGACACAUUCCGAUGGAGAAAGAGUACCAGCGCGUGUCCAUCUCUGGAGAGGAGAAGUGUGGGGUCCCUUUCAUAGACCUGGUAGACGCCGCCAAGUGUGUGGUGAAGUCCCUGUUCAUCCGGGAGAAGUACAUAGCCCUGUCCAUGCAGAACUUCUGCAAGACCACCGCCCGCUCCCUGCAGGAGCUGGGGGAGAAGCCUCUGGAUCUGCGCGUCUACGAGGAGAUCCCCGAGACCCCCGUGGACGCUGAUGCCCCUGUCCACCCCCCCGUAUCGAAGACCCACCCCUACGAGAACCAGGACCCCAAGAACAUGCCGGGCGACACAGGCUACAGCUGCAAGAUGGUGGACGGGGUGGUCCACGUCUUCACCAAGAAGAGCCCCAUGGAGAAGAGCACAGAGCUGGACCUGCCCUACCCAGAUCUGAAGGAGUACAUCGCUGACAUGAACGUCAUGAUGGCCCUCAUCAUCAACGGGCCUGUGAAGUCUUUCUGCUACCGGCGUCUGCAGUACCUGAGCUCCAAGUUCCAGAUGCACAUCCUGCUGAACGAGAUGAAGGAGCUGGCCGCCCAGAAGAAGGUCCCUCACCGUGACUUCUACAACAUCCGCAAGGUGGACACACACAUCCACGCGUCGUCCUGCAUGAAUCAGAAGCACCUGCUGCGCUUCAUCAAGCGAGCCAUGAAGAAGUACCCGGGGGAGAUCGUCCACGUGGAGAGGGGCAAGGGCCAGACCCUGAUGGAGGUGUUUGAGUCCAUGAACCUGACCGCCUUCGACCUGAGCGUGGACACGCUGGACAUGCACGCGGACCGCAACACGUUCCACCGCUUCGACAAGUUCAACGCCAAGUACAACCCCAUCGGAGAGUCCAUCCUCCGAGAGAUCUUCAUCAAGACGGACAACCACAUCGAGGGGAAGUACUUUGCUCACAUCAUCAAGGAGGUGAUGGCCGACCUGGAGGAGAGCAAGUACCAGAACACGGAGCUGCGCCUCUCCAUCUACGGCCGCUCCCGGGACGAGUGGGACCGGCUGGCCCAGUGGGCCGUCAAGCACCAGGUCUACUCCGACAACAUCCGCUGGCUCAUCCAGGUGCCACGCCUCUUUGAUGUGUACCACACCAAGAAGCAGCUGGCCAACUUCCAGGAGAUGCUGGAGAACAUCUUCCUGCCCCUGUUCGAGGUCACGGUCAACCCCCGCAGCCACCCCGAGCUCCAUCUCUUCCUGCAGCAUUUGGUGGGCUUCGACAGCGUGGAUGACGAGUCCAAGCCGGAGCACCACAUCUUCAACAUGGACAGCCCCCUGCCGGCCCAGUGGACGGAGGAGGACAACCCUCCCUACUCCUACUACCUGUACUACACCUACGCCAACAUGACCGUGCUCAACCACCUGCGCAGGAGGCGUGGCUUUAACACGUUCGUCCUGCGGCCUCACUGCGGGGAGGCGGGGCCUAUCCACCACCUGGUGUCGGGUUUCAUGCUGUCAGAGAACAUCUCUCACGGGCUGCUGCUUCGGAAGGCCCCAGUGCUGCAGUACCUGUACUACCUGGCCCAGAUCGGCAUCGCCAUGUCUCCCCUCAGCAACAACAGCCUGUUCCUCAGCUACCACCGUAACCCCCUGCCUGAGUACCUGUCCAGGGGCCUCAUCGUGUCCCUGUCCACUGACGACCCCCUGCAGUUCCACUUCACCAAGGAGCCCCUGAUGGAGGAGUACAGCAUAGCGGCCCAGGUGUGGAAGCUGAGCUCCUGUGACAUGUGUGAGCUGGCCCGGAACAGUGUCCUCAUGAGCGGCUUCUCCCACAAGGCUAAGAGCUACUGGCUGGGCCCCAACUACAGCAGGGAGGGGCCGGAGAGCAACGACAUCCGCCGCACCAACGUGCCGGACAUCCGCGUGGCGUACCGCAGCGAGACGCUGAGCGAGGAGCUCCACCUCAUCACCCACGCCGUGCGCAACCAGGAGCUGGACAUCAUCGACGAGGAGGACACCCUCACCAUGGUCCCGCUGGCCCCGGGGAAGCCCUAGACCCCCUCCCCUUCAGAACUACCACUCCUCCCCCUAUACCUCUCCUCCUCUCCCCUCCUCCCCCCCCCCCCCCCUCUCCCAACACGUUGUGAGGUGAGAUCCAGCUUACCUCUCGUACCCACGCCAGCCCCAGCACUCCCUUGAAAAAGCUCUUACUGUGCACUUGCCCCCCCCGCCCGCCCGCCCCAGCCCGGCAGACCAAACCGACAGCCAAGUAUGCCCACCGCUCAUCCGGUUCCCCUCCUCCCCUCCAGCACCCUCCAGCCUGGGGUUCGGGGAGGGGUACAGUUGUCUUCACAACAGGUCCUGGUUAGGUCCUAUCACAGCCAUCGUUGAUUUCCCCCCAUAACUUUGUCGCUUUGGGUGUUUGUCCACAUUUUCCUAUGCCUCUACUUCCCUCUCCCAUCUUCUCUCUCUCCCCCUUUUUCUCUCACUGUGAUUAUGUGUUCAGUCUGCACAGCCAGUGUUGGCAGGAGACAUCUCCAGUGCUUAGUGUUGUCCUGGAACGCCCACGUGGGAGACGGAAGAGACUGAAGCUGGUGGGGUUUCUCUCCAGCUGUAGAGUAACUGUGAGAAUCCCGCCCGGUCUCCCAAAGCGUUCAGAACCCUGCAUGGGAAGGCCCUGCGUUGCAUUCUGAGAUUGUCGCAUGAUUGUAUACAUCCACACACACGCACGCAUACACCAAAACACACACACUCUGCACAGUUAGCCCGUCCCACGAAGCUGCUUAUCUUCCAUAACCCAGUCACGCUGCCUUACCAAAGCUCCACGCUAGCUAGUGCCCCGUCUGCACGAAGGGGAUAGGCUCCUUAUGAAGUAGCGACGCAGACAAACAGCAAUAUAAAACGACCAGCGAUGUCUGCGGUUUUGCCUUUACCUACACAGCACUUAGAAGAAGAAAAAACGCAUGGGUGGGUCUUGACGUCUGGCUAUAUAUCGCCCCCUUUCACGUAGGAGGGGAAAACUCCUAUAGUAACUCCAAAGUUGCAUGGAAACAGUGAGGCUGCUGCUGAUGUGAAGCCUAGAGAGAGAUGUUACAGGGACCAGAGCAGAUGCACUGGACCAAUGCUCCAGUCUGCUCCAUCCAAUCACCAGGGUUUUUUCUUCAUGGGUCGGGGGAUGUUUCUCGCGACUCAUUGGCUACGUAGGACUCCGCCCCCCCACAGCGUGAUUGGCUGUAGGGAAAGCCAGCAGAUAGUGCUUCCAGUACAGCCCCAUGCAGGGCUAAAGUCCAGCCCAACACCAGCCUGUGUGUCUGUCUACUGCAAACAUUCCACGGGGCCAACAUUUAAAGAAGGUUAUUUUCGUCUGCGGCCUGUGUACAUAGACAGAAUUCCCGUUAGUUUUAUGAAGCAGCCAAGAAGAGUAGAUGUAUACUGCAGGAGUAGAUGUGUGUAUAUUAUUGAAAAGAGUAUGAAGAUCUCGUCUUGGUAUAGAUUUCAUGGUAGACCAUUUACGGGGUAUGAACAGGGAGGUGUGUGUGUGUGUGUACGUGUGUGUGUGCACAUGUAUGUGUGUAUGAGGAGACCCCUUGGCCACAGCUUGCAGCUCCCAGCACAAGUACCUGAAGAUGAGUUCACUUUCGUCCAAGCCGGGGAAAGAGGGUCUCCCCCACACCAUUACCUCAACUGUCCAACAUGCCCCUGUGUGUGUGUGUGUGUGUGUGUGUGUGUGUGUGUGUGUGUGUGUGUGGGUGUUGGAGAGAGGAACACACACACUUAUCUUUGGUCCAGUGCAGAGACUAGACUGGAUCCCAGACUUGGUCCCACGUGUUGUGUUUUGACUGCAUGCAGAGCACCGUAUGCAUCAAGCCACAGACUAACCAGUGCCUUUUUAAUUUGAGCUUUGGGCACCGCCUAGCCGCCUCUGUCCUGGCUGUUUCCACGUGUCAAGCCUCAGUCCACCUCGCUACCGUCUAGAACAAAAAGCAAGAAGAAGCAAGAAACGCCCCCUCUUUCUCUCUCUCCGAGCUUCAGCAGGGAAGUGCUGUUUGUCCUCCUCCAGAACCGACCCCAGAGGGACCCGGGCUGCAUGCUCGUCUUCCUCCUCCAGAACUGAGGCCUUGGCCUUGAAGAAGAAAGCCUUGACUUUUUAAACCAGUAGCCUCCUCUGGUUCCUCUUUAGCUGCCUAGUUCUCAGUGCGUCCUGUGUUUCUGCAUGUCAGCAUGGAGUCACGGAGGGGCCUGGGAGGAGAGUCAGAGAAGCCGGGGCGUAAUGUGAAGUAGCACAGAUUCCAAGGUGGCCGACCGGGCCAUGUACCGCAUGGAGUAUGUGUGAGGGAUCUUUUAGCGCUGCCAAACCGAGUGGAAGUCUGCUCUUUCGCCCCCCAGUGGAUAGUUUGAACAGUGCAGGGUCCUGGUAGACUUGCUGCAUGACUGGCCAGCAUUAGGUCUGUGCUGCUACAGAUAUUGACGCACUCCCCAUAGUAACAUCUUGCUGGUGUUCACCAAAAGCACCUUUUUGUCCUGUGUAGCUUGCCAUGCAUCUAACCUACUUCUCCCUGUCAUUGGACCUAUUUCAUGUCCAUCAAACUGUGAGCUUAUUUUUCUUUGUUUUCUUAGAUAUAUCAUAUUGAUCUAAUAUAAGUGUAACUUCUACUGCUGGUCUGCUUGCACAGUACCUUAUGAUGGCAAGACUGUUCCAGUACAAUGACUGGUUGAUGCACCUAAAGUUGUACAUUUGUAGAACGCAUUCUAAAAUUAUACCUGUUAGUCAAUUAAAACAGAAUAAGAUCUAAUUUAAUAAAGUAUAUAAAGGAUAUUGUAUGUUUGACAGAAUUGGAAUGUGAUCAGAUCCUCAGCAGAGGCGUGUUUCCCUGCUGAGAGAGUUUGUUGCUGGACAAAGGGGGAGUCAAAGUUGUAAAAAGUGUAUUUUUUUAACGCUACAGAGAUAAGCAAAAUUCUAUAAACAAUGUAUCAGUGUCUAGAUCUGACAGACAAGUGCGGUAGCUGUAGAUCAUUGUGAGCCGUUAUUAGUCCUGAAAACGAAACCGUUUGUUAUCUUUACUCCUAUUACUAUUCGCCUGACAAUAAUGUAGCUUGUAGACUUGAAUGUUGAUUUUGCCUAUUUUAUAUCUUUUUUUUAUUUUUUCAACACCGUUUUUUGUUGAUUGUUGUGGUAGAAAAGGAAUAUCUCCAAUGAGUAUCUUUCUGUAGGUGAGAAAGUUCCAAAGCCAACAAGAGUUCUGUUGCUAUCAAGACCUGCAGUAUACAGUACUGUGUGACGUUAAAGCUACACAUACAGUCUGCCUUCCGUAAACACACCCACACACACAGGAGUACAGUGUACCAGUCCCUCCCACAAAUACACACUACUCACUGACCCUCUCCACUUCUCUCAGGUCGAUGCAGAGUAAUGUUUGUUGUUUCCUUUAAAUGGACAUUGAUCUACAGCUCUUCACUGGUCGUUUGAUAUUUCCAUCAUAUUUUGCAGGGAAUAUUCCGAGAGAGAAAAAACACGUUUUCAGAGGUUGUAGUUCUGUAUUAGGAGAGGGAUGUGGGUGCAGUGGGUACCAAAGCAUGUAGCGUCCGUGUUCAACUGUUCAAAGUGUCGGCACACUGAGGGACUGCGAGGUUCAUUCAUGCUUUUAUUGUCAUCCAUCCAAUCUAUCUAUGGUUCCUCUGGGAUGCACACUAGUUUACUUCAUGUAAGUCUCACAUUUGAGUUCUCGAUCUCAGUCGGCCUGUCUGUGUACGCCGUGUCAUAACCCAUCCGAGCACACAGGUUACACCUGAUUUCUUCCACAUGUAGAAAGCUGUACCUGUUCUAAAUGAAUGACCGCUAUAGCUACCGUUUGGGAGUCCAUAUUGCAGUUCUGUUGUGCUGUGGUUCAGCUGUGCAGGGAGUCUUGGGACAACUGUCACUAUCAACACCGCCUGUCAUCACACAGUGACUCGCACACACCGUGAAGUUGAUCUAUCGAUGUUUACACAGAGAAUACUAGGGAUUAUUUUCCCCAUAAAUGCAUAGACUAUUCAAAUGUCAUGUUCAUGAGACACUUAUCUCUGUUUUACCACAUGCUCAUCCUGUUUUAUUUUUCUAUUGCAGACUGAUUUGACUGUAUUUGUAAUUAGUUUGAUGCCUUGUGCUGUAGUCUCUAUCCUGGCUUUAUAAAGGGUGCCUGUUUAACACACUCUGAUGCUUCUAAUAUGGUACACAUGUAAUGUCUGAAGAUGGAAUAAAGCAUGUUUAUUCAUCUAA